AUGUCGUGGCAGCCAAAUCCCGAGUCCUUGAGCCAGCUUUCUGCUUGUCUCAAGGACUCCCUGAGUGGCUUCAACAAGCAAGCUCAGAAGCAGGCCGAAAUCUUGCUCACUCAAGCCAAGGCAUCGCCUGACAUCAACAACUAUCUCAUCUACCUGUUCUCCAGUACCGAUCCUCCUGCCGGCGUACAAUGUUCGCCCCAGGACUACCACCUCGUGCGAUCUGCCGCCGCCAUCAUGCUGAAGAACAACGUCAAGACCGGCUACAAGCAAAUUCCCGAGUCCAGCUUCACGCUGAUCAAGAUGGCGAUACCCAUGAUCCUCGAGGACAAGCACUCCCAGAUGCGCAACUACGCUGGAAUAAUAGCGACCGAGAUUGUUCGCAGGGGAGGUCUUCUCGGCUGGCCCGAACUCUUGCCCAAGCUUCUCGAGUUAAUUGGAAAUGAGACUGGACAGGUCUCCAACGAGGCCCAGGAGGGAGCCAUGAACGCCAUGGCCAAGAUCUGCGAAGACCACACCAAAUUGUUGGAGCGUGAGCUGAAUGGCCAACGGCCUCUCAACUUUAUUCUGCCUAAGCUUAUCGAGGCUACAAAGAACCCCCUGCCAAAGGUCCGCGCUCAGGCCUUGACCGCUAUCAACGUCUUCACACCUCGCAAGUCUCAGGCCAUGCUCAACUCUAUCGACGACUUGCUUCAGCACCUGUUCAGCUUGGCCACUGACUCGCACCCCGAUGUGCGCCGUCAAGUGUGCAGGGCUUUCGUCCAGUUGGUCGAGACUCGUCCCGACAAGCUUCAGCCCCAUCUUGAAGGCCUUGUUGACUACAUUAUUAGCCAGCAGAAAGGCGACGACGAGGAAUUGGCCUGUGACGCUGCCGAAUUCUGGUUGGCUGUUGGUGAGCACGAACAUCUGUGGCAGAAUUUGACACCCUAUAUUGGCAAGAUCAUUCCUGUGCUAUUGGAGUGCAUGGUUUAUAGUCCAGAGGACAUCGCCAUGUUGGGUGGCGCUUCGGAUGAUGAGGAUGAGGAAGAUCGGGAGGAAGAUAUCAAGCCCCAAUUCGCCAAAGGCGCUGGAAAAAGGAACGUCAACAGCGACGCUUCGGCUGAUGCUGCUCAGAAUGGCAACGCCUACGAGAAGCUUGCGAACAUGGAGGACGAUCUUGAAGAUGGCGAGAUCGAAGAUGAAGACGAUGGCGAGGAGAAUCCUGAUGAGAAAUGGACACUACGGAAGUGCUCGGCAGCCGCACUCGAUGUGUUCGCCCGGGAUUAUCGAGCACCUGUUUUCGAGUCCAUCCUGCCAUAUCUGAACACGAACAUGAAACACGAUGAUUGGCCUCGUCGGGAAGCUGCAGUGCUGGCCUUGGGAGCCAUUGCAGAAGGCUGUAUGGAUGUUGUCAACCCUCACCUACCUCAGCUGAUACCGUAUCUUAUUUCGCUUCUCAACGACCCGGAACCUGUUGUUCGACAGAUUACCUGCUGGACGCUUGGGCGUUAUUCUGCUUGGGCAGCACAACUCGCUGACCCCGCUCAGAAACAGCAGUUUUUCGAGCCCAUGAUGGAAGGUAUUCUGAUGAAGAUGCUGGACAGGAACAAGAAGGUGCAAGAAGCGGGUGCCUCUGCUUUCGCCAACCUUGAAGAAAAGGCCGGCAAGAACAUCGAACCGUACAGCGGUCCCAUUAUCCAACAAUUCGUACAGUGCUUUGCAAAGUACAAGGAUAAGAACAUGUAUAUAUUGUACGACUGUGUUCAAACCUUGGCAGAACAUAUCGGUCCAGUCCUGGCUCGCCCUGAUCUUGUCAAUCAGCUUAUGCCAGCUUUGAUCGAUAGAUGGCAGAAGGUUUCCGAUCAGUCGAGGGAGCUGUUUCCUUUGCUCGAAUGCCUUUCUUACGUGGCCAUGGCCUUGAACGACGCGUUCACGCCGUACGCCCAGCCCAUCUUCAACCGCUGCGUGAAGAUUAUUCAUGAUAACCUUGAGGCAUCUAUAAGUCUCGGCAAAAGCCCCGCGACAGAUAGCCCUGACAAGGACUUUUUGGUCACUAGUCUGGAUCUUCUUAGUGCCAUCAUCCAGGCACUCGAGAAGCAAAAGUCCGCCCAGCUCGUCAAAGAGUCCCCGCUGCCCGUUUUCGAGCUCUUGACUUUCUGCAUGGAAGACCCUUCCGACGAAGUCCGACAGUCAGCCUAUGCACUUCUCGGAGACUGCGCAAAAUACAUCUUCAGUGAGCUGCAAGGAUCAUUAACCAAGAUCUUCCCGAUCCUGAUUCAGCAACUUGAUUUGGGCGAUAUUUUGGAUGAGGAGGUCGAGAGCGGCUUCAGCGUGGUCAACAACGCUUGUUUGGCUCCGUUUGUGCCAGAUCUUUUCCGUCGUUUCGUGGAGAUUAUCGCGGAUCCAAACAUCCCAAAGAGUGUGAGCGAAAAUGCCGCGAUCGCACUGGGACGUCUGGGACUCGCCAAUGCCGGGCUUCUUGCACCACAGCUUGGGAACUGGGCUGAAGAAUUCCUCACCUCGAUGGAUGAAGUUGAUCCAUCGGACGAGAAAGCUACCGCUUUCAGGGGCUUCACUGCCAUCGUUGAGCAAAAUCCAAUGGCCAUGGAGAAGUCUUUACUUCAUUACUUUACAUCAAUUGCCAGGUACAGAGACCUGAAGCUGCGAAGUGACACUAAGAAUGGUCUUCACGAUGCUUUCCAGAAGACGCUCAACAUUUACCGCCAAAUGAUCCCUCAGUUUCACGACUUCGUCCGACAGUUGCAACCUCAAGACCAACAAGCACUCAGUGCCGACUAUGUCUUAUAG